AAGUGAAAGUACGAAUACCUCGUGAAACUUCGUUUGGGUUCUGCUGUAGCUGAAACCAUACCAAAUACAACGGCUCUUGGUUGCGCAGGAGCAGACCAUGCUGGGCACGAAACGACACCUAAUCCUGGAGGUAGUGGUGGUGGUGGUUGCCUUGGUUUGGAAUCAUUCCCUCGAGGCGACUCGUUUUGGUCAGGGCGUUGACGCAUUCCUCGCCACUGCCGUCUUCCCAAAGUUCCCCCGUGGUUGCACCGCUCCUCGGCAACCUCAAUUUCCGUCGAUGGGUCCGUUGUUCUCUCUGGGGGACUCCAGAGCUCCGCCGGACACAAGAGAGACGAAUCGCGCCGGGAACGGCUCCGACGCAGUGGAGAAAAAGAACCGGAGAAAGCGGUCCCUGUACUCAUUUUCGGAGGCCCGGAAGAUUGCGCGGGGCCACGGGUUUAGCACCAGGGAAGAAUUUAUCGAGUACGACUGCGCCGGUGCCUACCAGGUGCCGAAGAACGCGGACGAGGUCUGGUCCGAGGACUGGACGAGCUGGGAGGAUUUUCUUGGCCUCCGCCUCGCCGAGUUCGAGCAAGCCCGGGAUGUGGCUAGAUCCCGGGUGGGACCGAAUUCGACUACGAGCUGGAAGGUUUCUACGGAGGAAGAAUACCUGGAGCUCUUCCGAUCGAAGCAGAUCGACGACGACGACAUUGCCAGCAGGCUGCCCUAUCGGCCCGAUCUCUUUUACAAGAACAAAGGAUGGACGUCGUGGGAAGAUUUCCUGUCCCCGGGUAGCGACGAAUAACAGUACGAUACAAAGGAAAUGUGAU